CUACAAGUCACAAACCUCAGGUCUUGCCCAUCUCUGUCGCUCUGCAUCCGCUGAUAGGACGGAUCUUGUUUACCCCGCUAUCAGGCCGAUCGCCACCUUGGCUCAAUAGCACUGCCAGCGUCGUAACAAGAAAGCACUAGUAAGCAGUUCAUGCUUAGCUUCACUGCCGCGACUUGGACAGCGUGAAGGGACACGCAACACGCUCCCAGCAGCCGCCAAAGACGGCUAUGAAUCUUUACUGCGACUUCAAUCCACUCUACUUAUGUUCUCCCUCCCUUGAAGUCGCCGCUGCCGGUACGUUGCGCUUUCUGGUCUAGUGUCAAUAAGGCUGUAGCAUGUCUGUCUCUGUAGCUACAUCACUUUGUGAUCGGUGCUCUCCUAUGUUCCAAGGCUCUUUUCCUUGGGGAAUUCACAAUCAUCAUGCUUCCAUUCAGAGUCUCGAAGAAGCAGCCAACAAGAACUGUGUCAUUUGUAGGGAUGUCUGGAAGGAUUUGGUUAAAAGACCGGACUUUGAUCGCGAAACUUUCCAUGGUGACACCACAAGAGAAGAUUGGGUCACAAGAUAUUACAUAGGUCGAGAUUGUAUCAGCGUCUAUUUAUAUGGACCUCCAGCCCACACUCAUCUGUUAUUUAGGUAUGGGGGAACGCAGCUAGAACAUCGAUCCCAACCUCAUACCUCACGCACCUGGGCCGGAUCUACCUCGAACUCAGAGGCUCCGAAGAAAUGGCUGUCGCAAUGCCUUGGGACACACCCAAAAUGUCAGGCUGCAGAAGUUUUGAGAGCGCGAAGGCCUAGAAAAGCUUCUACAAUGCGCCUUCUCCAAAUUGAACAGGUGGAUGAAGACCAGGUCCGCUUGUUGGUCAACCCGUUUUCAGAUCCCGCAUUCGCGCCUCGUUACGCAACAUUAAGUCAUUGUUGGGGACAAGAUCCAUUCUUCAUGUUGACUAAUCAGACAAAGGACCAGCUAACGAGCGGUAUUCUGACGUCUAUUCUUAGCCAAACGUUCCGGGAUGCCAUAUCGGUGGCAAAGUCUCUGAAGAUCCAGUAUAUCUGGAUAGAUUCCCUGUGUAUAAUCCAAGACUCGGAUCAAGACUGGGAAGAACAGGCGCCUCUGAUGGACGAGGUUUACCGUCAUGCUUUUCUUUGCAUUGCGGCGGCUGCUAGCGCCAAGAGCAGUUCUGGGUGUUUUCGCACACGUGAAGCCAGCUCCAGGGCAACUUGUGAGGUAACGACGUCUUGGAACGAUCGACCUAAUAGCGUUUAUCAGAUCUAUAAUUCGAAAAUCUGGCCCAACGUGUUUGAGGAUCAGCCUCUCAUAAGCAGAGCUUGGGUAGUUCAAGAACUACAACUGUCACCAAGAAUCCUAUACUUCAACUCUACCCAGAUCUUCUGGCAGUGUUACGACAAACUUGCCUGCGAAGAACUUCCUACGCAUAUUGAGCCCGAUUGGGGCACGGCCGAUCAGCAGGAUGAUAAUCUCAAAUUCAACACCUACGUCUAUCACCAUCAGCCUUUGAUCGGCGACCGAGCUCCGCCCAUGAUUCGUAAGAACGAAUAUAUGCGUAUCUGGUGUGGAAUCCUUGAGCAAUACACCAAAUGCCGUCUUACAUUCCUCAACGAUAAGCUAGUGGCAAUAUCGGGCAUAGCAAGGCUCUUCUGUCAGCCUCUCGCCGAUACAUACUGCGCAGGGCUGUGGACUCGACGAAUGCCAAUCGAACUUCUCUGGACAAGGGGCAUGCGGGAUUUUCCAAAGCCGGCACUUCCAAAAUCAACGCAAGAAUGUUAUCGAGCCCCUUCCUGGUCCUGGGCAAGUAUUGAUGAGCCUAUAACACCGAGUCAUUUCCACGAUCACUACCAAGAUCGGGUCAUUAUUCUCGUGGAAACCAAGAGCUGUCAUGCAACUACCAAGACGGGUGAUGCUUUCUCUGAGAUCCUGAGUGGAGUCAUUCGGUUAUCCGGGUUUUUAUCAAAAAUGAAACUUCGACCAAUUCCUGAUUCAGAAUCUGUUACACACUGGAGUGCAUUCCUCAAAGAUAUGUGGCUACAUGACGCUGAUUUUUUGGGUCUACCACGCGUUAUAUUGGAUCACAAACCUCCGGAUCCGCACGAGAUGCUUUGUUUGCCCAUCUUGCUUUACUUUGAUGGUGAGGAGUGGGAACUCGAAUGCCUUAUCUUAGUUGCAAUUGAAGGCAAGAAGGACACCUUCGAACGCUUUGGGAGAUUGACUAUUCCAGUCAACGAACUUUUGGCAGAUUAUCGCGAGUGUGAGCUUGGAGGUGAAGGCAGCGAUUCUGAAUUUGAAGAUGAGGACAGCAGUGUUGAAGUUCAGAGCAGGCAUAGCCCUUGGCAUCAUUUCAUACUCUCCUGGGGUAAGUACUACGUUAAUGGUGUUAAAUCUGAUGAAUCGCUGGAAUACAAGACGAUAGCUGUUCCAGGGGCUGUCGAAAUAUCGAUCGAGUAACAGCGUGGGAAUAGAUCUUCUCACAGGAUACACAAACC